UUCAGGAUGAACUUUGUCAAAUUAUUGCAUUUUUCAGCAGAGACAACGCGUUUUAAAGGCUCGUGGUUCGUGUGGUGAUCUGUAAGGACUUUUUCACAUUGCAGUCUAAGCACGUGUAAUUCUCCGCCGUCAUGAAAGGAGAAACAGUCGUGAUGUUUCUACUCUUUGUGGUAAACUUUUUAAUUUCACCUGCGUCCGGACAGGCAGCGUUACCGCUCGUUAUCAACACAUGGCCGUUCAAGAUCGCCACGGAUGCAGCAUGGAGGAGCCUGCAGUCUGGAGGUUCAGUGCUGGACGCAGUGGAGAAGGGCUGCACUCAGUGUGAGGUGUCCCAGUGUGAUGGCAGUGUGGGCUACGGAGGCAGUCCAGACGAGAGAGGAGAGACCACCCUGGACGCCAUGAUUAUGAACGGGGACACCAUGGAGGUGGGCGCUGUGGCUGACCUGAGGAGAGUCAAGAAUGCUAUUGGAGUGGCCCGAGCAGUGAUGGAGCGCACCUCCCACACACUGCUGGUGGGGGAGUCAGCUUCUGUGUUUGCUGAAAAUAUGGGCUUCGCCGCAGAAGACCUGACCACCAACAAAUCUCUGAAUAUCUUCUCCGAGUGGCUGAAGGGCAACUGCCAGCCUAAUUAUCGAAAGAAUGUGUUACCGGAUCCUUCCAAGCAGUGCGGACCGUACCAGCCCCAGGCCUUGGUGACAGAUAAGCAGCUGAGAGGACAUGCUAAUGUGCACUCCCAUGACACCAUUGGGAUGAUCGCUGUGGAUCAAGGCGGCCAUGUUGCUGCUGGCACCUCCACCAAUGGACUGACACACAAAGUGCCCGGGCGUGUGGGGGACUCUCCUAUCGUGGGGGCGGGUGCUUACGCAGACAGCCAGGUCGGAGCAGCCGCCGCCACUGGAGACGGAGAUGUGAUGAUGCGCUUUCUUCCCAGUUACUUGGCGGUGGAGCAGAUGAGAUCCGGGGCCGAUCCCUCCGCAGCCUGCAAGACGGCCAUUUCCCGAAUCAAGAGGCAUUACGCGGACUUCUUCGGUGCCAUCAUCUGUGCCAACACAACGGGGCAUUAUGGAGCUGCUUGUAACAGUGUGGAUGGAUUCUCCCAAUUCUUUUACAUGAUUUCAAAUUCAGAGACUGAUGCACCACACCUCAUGUCUGUUGACUGCUUUUGAAAAAUGUACUUU